GUCCCUCCCUGCCUGCAUCCCUGCCAUGCCAUGCGUGUGUGAAUGUGUGUGUGUGAGUGUGUACAGGGUAGUAGUAGGUCGGUUGACUGACUGACUGACGUCACCAUCCGCCAUAGCCUUUGUGCUGGAACUCCACCUCGAGCAGGUAGCGCAGGCAGAUCUGCUCCACGCUGUAGACUAUGUACUGAUCGACCAACAAGCCAACCAACCACACACACAGAGACAGAGAGAGAUGCCUGGAUGGGAUGGCAUGGCGGACACUCACACAUUCCUUCUUGCCUCACCUCGUUGUACUGCAGGACGAGGUCAGGCCGGUUGGUCUCCACAGCGUCACACGCCGGAACCUGACACAUAAGACACAUACACACAGAUACACCAUAUGUGUGUAUUUAUUGCAGGCGGGUGUGUGAGCUGACCUUGACGCCGUUGGGCAGUGAGAUGAAUCCGCUGGGGUCGGGGUAGCUACGUCCGAGGCCCUUGGUGCUGAGCUUGCCGGCCGGGAGCCGGUCGGCAUUGUAGUCGGCGUUGCAGAGCUCGUGGCAGUCGCCCAACGCCACCUCAGCCAACAUCAUCACACCCACGUUCGAACGCCCUCCAGACUGAUUGAUGAGUGUAUGUAUAGCGACACACACACACAGAGAGAGAGAGAGAGGAUUGUGGGUGAGGUGUGGUGCGGUUGUGAGUGUGUGUUGGUGCCUGUGUGUGUGUAUCGCCCACCGGGACAUAGCAGUACUGGGCGCUCUUGGAGACCAUGUCGGCGAAGUAGACCCCCUUGCCAAACAUGUACCCCGACACAGGAGCUAGCAACCAACCACCCCAACCACCCCCACCACACACACACACACACACACGUCAGCCGCCGCAGCUCCUCACCUCCCUCCCUCCCUCCCUAUCUACCUUCCGGCGGUGCGAUGCGGAGUCCUUGGCUGAGGAUGCCCACGUAGUUGGUCAGACGGGAGCCGUGCCACAGCAGCAUACUGCCACACAAACCAUUAUAUCCACCAUUGGAGAGUGGGCUGUGCUGCGCCGGGCAGGGCAGACUGAUGACUGACUCACUGACUCCCGCACCGGUUGUGGUUGUUUUGGUGUUUGCCGAAUCGCUUCUCCUCGCCCUGGCGCGCUAUCUCGAAUAUGUUCUGCACCUGCACACACACACACACACACACGUGUCCAUGCAGCUGCCCCGCCAUCUGUUUGUUGUCUUGUCGUGUUUGUCACACCAUGCAUGGUGUGUGAGGGUGUGUGUGGUGUGUGUCUGCUCUGUCUGCGCACCUUGAGGUCCCACAUCAUGUGGGUCUUGCCGUGGGUCUUCUUCACAUACGACACUAUCAACUGCAUGCACCACCCACCCAGCCACCCACCCCACCAAAACCAAAACCAUCCCUCUGGCGUGUGUGUUUGUCGACAGACAGACAGAUGGUCACUGACUGACCUUGUGCAUGGUGUCCGACGGCUCGAGCGGUCGUAUCUCUGUCUUGAGGCUGCGGUAGUGGAUGUCGGCGGGGUGCUCGUCGAUGUCCGACGCCUCCUUCAACACGUGCUUGGCGAUUUCUGCACACACACACACACGCAGGGGGUCGUGUGUGUGUGUUGUGUGUUGUGUGUGUGUGUGAAGGUAGGUACCCACCGAUUUCAGCGAGUGACUCGAGCAUCUCCUGCUUCUUCUUAACCUGCUCCAGACUGUUGAUGGUACUGCCACGUAUGUCGGCAAAUCUGGGGGGGGAGGGACACACAUACCCACGCCAGCCCUCCAGCCCUUCAGUCCUUCAGCCCUCCCUCCCUCCAUUUGCGAGUGCGUUGGUUUGUCGGCGUGUGAUGUGGCUGACCCGAAGUCGUGCGGUAUGAUGGUGUAGAACUGACUCGUCAAGUCUCUCAGUAACGUGUGACUGCACACACACACAAGCACACACACACCCACACACAGGCACAGACACAAACAUGGCCCGGCCUCAUGCCAUCGGGUGUGGUCUCGUGUCUGUGUGUGGGUGGGGUGGCAGCCAGUACUUGCUUACGUCUGUGAGGUGGGUCGUUUGAUGUUGCUCUCGAUCUGUGUGAGCACCUUGUAGCCCAUGUUGAUGGUGCUCUUGGACAGCUUGCCCAGCGGCAUCUUCUUGGCGUCAUACCCUAUCUCCACCUGAUAUAUCGGACCAACCAAGCAACCAACCAACCAACAUGCACAUACGCAAUGGGUGGUGGUGGUGUGAGUGGCCGAGGGGGUCGUGUCGUGUCACCUACCAUACCAUCUGGUCGUUCAUCAUUUUGAAGUCGCAGAUGCGCUCCACCAACUUGAACACACGAUGCUCCAACUGAGACUUGACCGGCUGCAGUGCAGCCACACAAGCACCACACACAUGUACACCACACCCACUGCCGACCAUAUCUCUCUCUCUCUGUCUCUGUCUCUGUAUCUCUCUCUCUGUCUCUGACCUCCUUCUUUUUGGCCGGUGAGGCCCCGCCACCAGCAGCAGCAGCGGCCGCGGCAGCCGGUGCAGCGGGCGGCUCCUGGUCGUUGCCGUAGUCCAUCUCGAGCAGCAUGUACUUGCCACUGUACAGCGAGAAACUCUGCAACGUCUGGCUCACGCUACCCAACCUGACAGACAGUUGACACAGACACACACACACAGAAACCAAUGGAGGGCGGGGGCGGUUGUGCUGUGCUGUGCUGUGCUGUGGUGUGCUAUGUGCAGACGGACCAGUGGUUUCUGGUCUUGUCCCGGAACUUGGACUGAAACUCGGCCUUGGCCUCCUCCUGUGGGCAAGGCAACGCAACGAACCCAUCAAUGCAUCAAGCGACACACAGACAGACAGGCAGGUAGGCAGGAUGGCAAGGAGGCCUGUGUCUGUCUGGUGUGGAGUGAGCGUUGUACCAGUGAGUGGUACUGCUUGAGAGAGUUCUGAAGGGCGGGCACGCAGGCAGACAGACAGGCAGACACAGCCUUUCAUUCGUGUGGCGGGCGUCAUCCCUCUCCCUCUCUCCCUCUUUGUGUGUGUGUGUGUGCGACCUGUCCGUCGUACCCCACGCGCCCCCAUCUGUUCCAGCAGUAGUAACUCCGACUCUUGACGUCGUCAUGCUCCAGCAACUGCAUCCACACACACACACACACACACACAGAGAGAGAGAGAGGGUAGUUUACACGUGUGUGUGCCAUGGGUUGCCUGGCCUGGCCUGCCUGGUGCGGACGGACCUGUAUGAUGUAGUACUUGUUGUUGUUGCCGUCAACGUUGGUCUGGUUGAGCAUGCAGUCCCAAAACCCGACCUGGUCACCGUACACCUACUCACACACAAGGCAGACACAAGGUUGACACAAUACAUUUGGUCGCCACCAAAUGUAUUGUGUUGGUUGACCUACGUGGUAUUUCUUGCGUAUGUCUUUUUCGCAUUUGGGGUCGACGGGCGGCCCGCCGCCCUUGGCCACCACCUUGACAGCCGUCGACUUGCGCUCCUCCUACACACACACGAUCCAACACAUGAUCCCUGACGCCAUACACGUCACCUGCAUCCAUAUCCAUGCAGCCCACCUUUUUCUUCUUCUUGGCCUUCUUCUUCUCCUCCUCGGCAUCCUCAACCUCGUCCCCAUCAUCGCCCUCGCCGUCAAACAGAUCGUCACCGUCAUCCGCAGCUGGUGCUGUAGCUGCAGCUGCAGCAGCAGCGGGGGCCGGCUUGCGAUCGCGGCGGGGCUUCUUGGCUACUGCUGCAACCACAAGCCAAACAGGCGGAGGGACGUGUCAUGGUGUGGUGGCCACGUGGCUGUGUGUGUGAGUGGGUGGGUGCCUUUGGGUGGCUUGUCCUCUUCCUCCUCUGCCUCCUCGCCCUCGUCCACAGCAGCAGCCGCCGCGGCAGCAGCAGCGGCCGGCGCAUCGGCCUUGCGCUUGCGGGCUGAAUGGGUGGAUGACAACCACACACACACAGACAGAGAGAGAGAGAGAGAUGCAGGAAGGCCUCCAUGCCAUGUGUUUGGUUGGUUGGCCUCCGAGCUUACGGGCUUUGGGCUCCUUUGGUGGUUUGAUGACGUACUUCUUGGCCAUGGUCUUGGUGAACUUCCCUGAAGCAGCCGGCCAGUCACACGACGAGGCCGUCUUCUCGCUGUGUGUGCGUACCGUACCCGUCUUCUCCAUCUCAGCAAACGCCUCAAAACUGACAAACACCGUCUUGGGGUCUGCCCAAUGACAGCAACACACACACACCCAUGAUUAGCUGCUGUGUCCAUCCAUCCGCCCUCCCAAUCCGCCCUCACUCACUCACCGAUUUCGAGUGCCUUUUCGACGGUGGGCGUCUUGUCCUUCAGGUCCUCCUCACGGGCCACUACAUAGUCCACGCCAUCGUCACCGAUCUCGUCGACAAACUCGCCACCUGAUGCACCCAUAACACACACACACAGGAGAGUGAUGACAAGUGCUGUGUGUUGGUCGGUCUCUUCCCGGCUGCUGCUCACGCACACACCUCUGGCCAGCACCAUGUUCUUGAAUGUCUGAAGGAAAGAAUGGAACAAAAAUGGUGGCCAGGGAGGUGUUGUGGUGGCCAGCGCCAUGAUGAUGUGGAUGUGGGUGCGUGAGUGCGCGUCUACCGUCACAUUGGGAACGGCAUCAUCGCAGCUGAGGGCGAUGGCGAACCCUGCGAGCAAAACCGCAGACACCAUUCAUUCCAUCGCUCGUCGCCGCUUUGGCCUUGCUGACAGUGCCCUCCUUGGCCGCUCUCACCCUCUAAGAGCUUAUCGGGAUCUGAGCAAACACACCCCACACACACGGACACAUUGGGCGUUGGUUGUGUCGUGUUUUUCGAUCAAUGGAGCGUACCUUUUCGCUUGGGAGGCAUGGCUGGCCACCAACAACGACAACCAACAAACAGCUAUGCGAUGUUCUUACCUUCAGUCCCAA